CGAGUUUGAGUGAUAAGUUUCGCGUCAGGUCUCUGAGCACUCCUCCCAGAGAGGAGCGGAUACAUGUGUAUGUGCAACGCUAAAGGAUGUGGUCUGGUCUGAGAUGAGGAAGAAAGUGGGGAGGAAGGAGUGCACUGAACUCGCAGAAGCUCGGCACAAACUUGUCGCUGUACGCUUCUGAAACGGGACUGAAAGCCGGCCAUUUAUUUGGAUUAUUUCUCGCUUUGAGAAUGUGUCGAGUUUCUCUUACGAUGCAUUGAAGAGACAAAAGACAUGGAAGUGGAGGAGAGCGGUGAAACGAGGACUUCCUGGUCUGUGCCAGGAGACACACUCUCUGUUCAGUGCGACCAUGCUGGGAAGAAGAGAAAACAAGACCCGGCACCUGAGCCCGUGAUCAGAAUCAUAGAGGAUGACGAGACGGAGGAGGAGGGGGAAAUGUCGGACCACCUCAAGGACUCGGAGGAGCCCAGCAAUAAGCGGGUCAAACCGGUGUCAAAGUCCAAUAGCCUAACAGGUGUCAUAACCCCCGUGAAGACCCCCGCCUUGAAGCGCAUCGGCCAGUCUAUCUCGCGGUCUAUUAGUUUUCGCACGGAGGCUCGACCUUUGCCCCCGGCUCCCCUGCGCCCUCGCUCCAAGGCCUCGUCGUUCCCACGCCGGCGCAACAGCCAGUGCUGGAGCGACACGGUCGAGAGCCACGACCUCACCGCCAAGGAAAUCAAACGCCAAGAGGUGAUCUAUGAGCUGACUCAGGGCGAAAGGCAACUCAUAGACGACCUCAGCUUGGUCAAGAAGGUGUACUAUGAGCCCAUGCUGAAGUUGAACAUAAUGACGGAGAGCGAACUCGGGCAGAUCUUCGGCACCAUGGACUCGCUCAUUCCCCUCCACGAAGAUCUUCUGAGUCGUCUCGAGCGGCUGCGUGGUUCGGAGAAGACAGUUGGAGAGGUGGGGCCAACUCUCUAUAGCUGGUUCCCCUGCCUGGAGGCCUAUGUCACAUACUGCUGUAACCAGGUGGGGGCCAAAGCCUUGCUGGAUCAGAAGAAGCAGGAGAAAAGAGUGGAGCACUUCCUGCGCCUGUGCCAGGAGUCUUCGUUCAGCAGAAAGCUGGACCUGUGGAACUUCCUGGAUCUCCCCCGGAGCCGUUUAGUCAAGUACCCGCUGCUGUUGAAGGAGAUACAGAAGUGCACUCCUCCGGAGCAUCCGGACGAGGACACGCUGCCCGACGCUUUGGAGCUGGUCCAGGGCAUCAUAGCGGAGGUGAACAAGAAGACGGGGGAGGCCGAGUGUCAGUUCUACAGACGGGGUCUGGUCUACCUCGACGAGAGCCAGAGACUGCCGGAGAUCCAGCAGUCCCGCUUCCUCUACUGCCACGGAGAACUCAAGAACAACAAAGGCCAGCGGCUGCACGUUUUCCUGUUUGAGCUGGCCUUGGUGCUGAGCAGGCCGGAGGGGGAUCACAUGUUUCAGGUGUACAGGCAGCCUCUGCCCAACGCGCUGAUAAACCUGGAGGAGAUCCCAGAUGGUGAGGCCGGUGGAGGAGGCACCUUCAGAGGAGCCUUCACUGGUGGAAAUGACAAAGUGAAGAACUGUUUCCGCGUGAGCAGCAGAGGGCGCUCCAAAGUUAACCCCUACAGCCUGCAGGCCAACGACUCCUUCAGCAAGCAGCAGUGGAUCACCUGCCUGCGCCAGGCCAUCGUCCAGUCGAGGGACAGGACUGCUCAGACCAGCCAGUCUCCGCUCUCCCUCCACCCGGACCCCGGCCUGUGUCACAUAGCCGAGCUCAGCCUCAGCUCGGACACAGAAAUGGCAGACCACACCAGUCGCUGACUGUCGCACAGAUCACCGGGUGGCCUCCGCGCGCCUGUGCCUUGACACUGGGGAAAAUAUAUGGGACUGCUUGUGACCGAUGUUUGUGCUUAGACACACACAGAAUUUUUCUUUUCAUACUUUUAUUGACUGUGGAGAUGGGUACUGUACAGACUGGAAACAGUGUUACUCAAUGUGAAUUGGAUGGAUUUUUUUUUUUUUAUGUUAUUGUAAUAAUAAGUUGUAUUUUAAUAAACUGACACUGAAAAGAU